AUGGAUACCUUGAACAUAUAUAAAAACACCGAGAGUGUUGAAAUUUAUAGCACAGUAGACUCUUUGGAUACAUGUGUUGCAACCGAUUAUUCACUUGUUGAACAAACAAUUGAAGUGGAAAAUAGUUUGGAAGUUUUGAGUAGUUUAUUAACAAAUAAUGAAGAAUGGCAAGUGAAUGGAACUGUUCCUUUCAUGAUAAGUAGUCGUGCGUUAGAGAUGCUCUUGUAUUAUUUACCUACUCUAGAAGAUUCUGCCAAAAAACAGCUCAUAGAACGGUUAAAAUGUUUUGCGGAAUAUUCUGAUAUGAAUAAAUGGGUUAUGUUUAAAGCAAAUAUCACUAGUAGACUUUUGAAAGGCAUUAUCUGGAAAUCAUGGCAAAGUAAUGAUGUUGCAGAAUUAACUAUGAGACUUUUGGAAAUCAUUUGUUCCUACUCCGUGAAGGUAUCCGAUGUUAAGUUAAUAUUGAAUAUGAUUUGUAAUAAAUAUGAAGGUGAUACAUCUUACCAAGGAGAUUCUGCUUGGUAUCAAGGUGCAUUGGUGAAAUUGUUAUAUUCAAUUUCACAAAAACAGAGCACAUUAAAUUUCUUUUAUCUGAAAGGAAUUGAUUCAGGAAUAGAACUAUCACCUAUAGAAAAAUUUCCAACAAAUGGUUAUUCCUUAUUCACUUGGAUUAAGUUGGAUGCGGCACCAUCACCAAAAGAACACAUCGGAUUUGGGAAUUUUACUCCGAGACUUUUUUCUUUCUUUACAGAAAAUGGCGAUGGGAUAGAGGCUUAUUUCGAGAACAAUGAACUUUGCUUCUCCUGUAAAAAAGGACGAGUUGUUUCUACGGCCGUUAUGAAUAAUUUAAAGUUCACUCAAAAAAGAUGGUAUUUUAUAGUUAUAACUCAUAGCACUGCAAAACGCGGAUGGACCUCAACUCCAGCAGAAAUAAAUGUGGUCGUUGAUGGAAAUAUUACAUUCAAGUCUCGUUUAGAGUAUCCGACCGAAUUUUAUUCACGUUCGUUCAAAUAUUGCGCAAUUGGGGCAUCAUCUGUGUUUGUAAAUUCCUCAAGUUCUGACGAUAGAUCUUCAAACAUGAAUGCUUCGGUGUCAACGAGUAGAUUUUAUAAUUGUUUACGUGGUCAAAUUACAACUUUAUACAUGAUAGCUGAAGUUCUUACAAAAGAGCAAAUUAACGACCUUUAUGUUCUCGGGCCAAAUCAUGCUUCUCAAUUUCAUCCUUAUCAAGCAGAUAAAACAUUGAAAAGUAAUCUAUUUGAUGGAAUUACGUUGCACCAAAAGAUUCUUUUCAUCCUUCAUGUGAAAGCGUCAGAAGAUAAAAUAUGUUUUAAUCUAGCUCCUCGUCCUUCAUCAUAUCAAGAGCCAAUUGCAGCUACUUUACAUGGUAUAGAAAAGUGCUCAACUCUUAGUCUGCAAAAUGCAAUACAUUGCCUAGGUGAUGUUGAAAUUCUAUUCCCAAUGAUUAUGAGAUUUGAUGACUUGGAUUCAGUAAAUUUGCAAGCACCAUUUGGAUCACAAGAUGAUUUCUUCGAUUCCGAAGGACCAUGCAAGUCUUUCUUUGCUCUUUUAUCGUCGUUGCUUCAAAAUAAUGUAAGGAGUCAGUCUCAUGUUCUCAAAUCCCGUGGGAUUAAGGUUAUUAGUCUCUUACUUCAACAAGUAGGCCCUCGACAUUUUUCAAUAUCAGCCUUCAAAAGUAUGAUGGCAUUAGCAGGCACCUUGUCAUCUAAUGAGGAACUUUCACGUGAAGUUUAUUUUAAUCUCCUUUUUGAAUUUCGAUUAUGGAUGUAUACUUCUAUUGAAAUUCAAGACUAUUGUAUUGAUUUUUUGAAAAGUUUCGUUGAUGCAAGGAAACAAAUGUGUAGAAAAUUAUUUGGCAUUCAGUUCUUCUUGGAUGUGUUACAAAACAUCUAUUGGUAUAAACAAGGAGAAUAUUCUGCAUCGCACAGGCAUACUACGGCAGGAGUUACAAGACCAAAACCAUCACAACUCAAGGAACUACGAGGAAAAGUGAUCUCUAUCAUCAAUUCCUAUUUUAAGGAUAGCAUCACAAAGGAUGAGGCAUUAUUCUUGUUUAGGAAUAUUUUAUAUAGCGAAGAUGAUACUCAUGUACACGAGAUAUUGAUGCUUCUCUUGGAUUUACUCAUAACAAAAAAAGAAAUGAUCGAUAUCUUUGUUUCUUAUGGAGGAUUCGAAAUUAUAUGUGAACUUUUGAAACGACGAGAUGAAAAUGUUCGUAUUGAUUGUAUUAAGGUUGUAACCUUUCUGAUGACCAAUUCUUCAACGCCGAUAAGCUUUGUCAAAAAAUUACGUUUUGAAGAUAAGGAACCUGUUAAUCUGAUAAAGUUAAUGCAUAAUGCACCAAUGACAAUUGGUAUUUAUCAUGCUUUAUUAUGCUGGUCAUUAGAGCAAUAUAGCGAUACCUUUGAAUUUGUGGAUAAAAACGAAAAUGAAAUUUCUCAAUUAAUUUUGCCCAAGAUAAAAAAUUUUCGGAUAAUUCUUGCUAUAUUGGCACUUUUAGAUUCAGAAGGAACGAAAAGGAUUGUCCAAUGCAGAAUCCUUGAAAAUUUAAUUGUAAUUUUCAAGCAAAACAUUUCGUAUUGUACUGAACUAUAUAAAUUUUGGUUUUGGCAACUUUAUCUUAUUCACCUUGUACCGGUUUAUGGAGGUCAAGAUGGAAUGCUUACAGGACGAGACAAUAAAGAAACUGCUGAUUGGGCUUUAGAGUUCAUUGCGAUUGUCAUUUGGAAUUUAUUUGAAAUUGAUAAAAAUGCUUAUAGAGUUAUAGAGGAAACUAUUAUUACUAUUUGGACUAGUGGUCGUCAAGAUUGUUUAGAAAGCAUUCGUUCUUUUCUUACUCAUAUGCUUUCUCUUGCAUCUCGAGAAAUCAAUACGUCAUUUAGCGCAUCGUUUUCUAUUACGAAACUGCAAAAUGUGAUGCACUUGUUGACUCUAGCAGAAGAAAUCCUUUUUAAUCACAAAGAUCUGGUACAAGCUGUUGUUCAAAAAAACUCUUCCCGAUCUGGGGGAAGUUAUUCGUCCUCAAGCAUUUCUUCUGGAUAUGUUCCCCUCAAGAAUUAUGAUGAUAUGAUCUUCCAAAGUGCAAGUAAUCCGUGGGAAGAAAACCAAGCUCUUUCCAUUAUAUAUUUAGAGGUUAUAGAUUCUUUAGAUAAAACAGGGAAUUGGAGAUUAGACUUACCAUCUAAGAGGGAAAUGCAACCUGGUGAAAUUUGUAGAAUGGUUUUAAGAACUUUAAUUGCUGGUAUUUCUGCUCCUGAUAGUGAACUACGUAAAAAAUCUUUAGAUCAGUUGAUGGGAUUUGUUGAAAGACAUAUAAAAAUAAAUUCCGUGAAUCCAAAAAACGGAAGAAGGGAAUCAUCGGAUGAUGUUUGUUGUCAUGAUAGUGGUACUUUUCAGCAAUAUAUCCUUAUGUUAUUGGGAGAAAUGCACGAAGCUUUCAUUACCUCACAAGUGACCAAUGGUUCAUACGAUGAAAAAAUAUUGUUCGCUUAUUUUUUUAUCAUACAUAAAAGUAAAAACUAUCUUGUUCAUCUUAGUGAAAAAGGAUCAUUUAAAGAAACAUUUGACUCAUUAUGGGUUGGGAAAGAAUUCAGUAGCCAUGCUCUUGUAGAGUUUGCCACCUCUCGUAAUUGGAUAUCAAUACAUGACAAAUAUAUAGUACCCGCAAUGAAAGCUGCAAAUGAAGACGAAUUUACAAUGGUGCGAAGAAUGGUAGAACGACUUUCGAAGAAGGUCAACCUUUUUUUAAAUCGUUCCAAGAAAGAAGAAUUAUUAUCCGUCAAAUCAGAAGAAGCUUUUGAAAUUGAAAUGAUUCCAAUCGUCAAGUCUUAUAAGGACGAGGAGUCAAAUCGACUGACAAGUAUCCAGGCUGAUAAGAAGAAUGAUGAUAUGCGGACUUCUAGAAAAUGGCUAUCAAAGUUUCAUGAAUUGACACAAGAGCGUGGUGUUUGGUCUUUAGUACGUCAAAACGAUAUACAUUGGAAACUUGAUAGGAAAGAAAAUUAUUCAAGGAUGCGAAGGAAAUUAACCAUAAAUUAUGAUUAUGAUGCUCAUCGUGAAGCAAGUGCAAAGAGAGACAAGACCCCUAUUGCCAAUUCUGCAAACAAAGCAAAGAAUGUGAACAUUCAAAGAAUUAAGAAAGCUAAUGUAGAUUGUAGUAAUAACUCGACUCCCAUAUUAAAUGCAGUAGAACCAUGGACAGAUGGAUGGGGAUUUAGUGGAUCUUCCUUAGUGUCUGAAUCUGAAAGUCUUGCCUCAUCUGAAGAUCAGGAAUGGAAUCUUAUCACUGGGGAUAAAAUAGUUGAAACUAUUGAUAUCUCUUCAGACAUGAAAUUAUUCUCUACAGAUUGUGAAAUGAUCGUCCUUCUUUCUGCAAUUAAGGGAAAGAUUGAACUUACAUCAACCCAUCUUUGCUUCUUUGUAGAUCGACGAAACUUGUUACAAGAACUUAAUAAUAUCGAACAAGGAUCUAUAGUAGUGGAUAGUGAGAUGUUGCGUGACAAAAAAUGGUCGAUUUCUGACAUAAGAGAAAUUCAUAUGCGCAAAUAUAUGUUGAGACGGAGUGCAUUUGAAUUAUUCUUAACAGAUCAAACAAAUUAUUUUUUCAAUUUUCCAGAUCCGAGGGAUAAUAAGCGUUUAUUCAAGAAAAUUAUUUCACUUCGACCAAGUUCAAUGAUAAAUCAGGACACAAAAUCUCCAACAAAAAUAUUUCAACGGUCAAGGCUAACUGAACGAUGGAAAACUCAUGAGAUUUCAAACUUUGAAUACCUUAUGCACUUAAAUAGCAUCGCUGGAAGAUCCUUUAAUGAUUUAACGCAGUAUUUUGUGUUUCCUUGGAUUUUAAACGAUUAUGAAUCUGAAACGAUAGAUUUGUCUAAUCCUAAUAUCUAUCGUGAUUUAACAAAACCUAUUGGAGCUUUAAACCCUGAUCGCUUAGAACAGUUUGUAGAACGUUAUGAAAACUUUGAGGAUCCAUCAGGGCGAAUCAAAAAAUUUCUUUAUGGAACGCAUUAUUCAAGUGCCGCCACUGUAUCUUGUUAUUUGGUUCGAUUGGAGCCGUAUACUUCUGUACAUAUUUCUUUGCAAGGAGGAAGGUUCGAUCAUGCAGAUAGACAAUUUCAUUCAAUACAAGAUACAUGGAAAUCUGUCCUUACUGCAAGUGGAGAUGUCCGAGAAUUAAUUCCCGAGUUCUUCUAUCAUCCCGAAUUUCUUACGAAUCAUAAUGAUUUUGAUCUUGGUGUCAGACAAGACGGUACGCAUGUAGGGAAUGUAGGGCUACCAAAGUGGGCGAAUUCUCCGGAAGAAUUCAUACGUAUUCAUAGAGAAGCGUUAGAAUCAGACUAUGUCUCGGAAAACCUACAUCAUUGGAUAGAUCUUAUUUUUGGUUAUAAACAAACUGGUGAAGAAGCCGCCAAAGCCUAUAAUAUAUUUUAUUACUUAACUUAUGAAGGCGCCAUAAAUAUCGAUAGUAUUCAAGAUCCUGUUGAAAGAAAGAGUAUUGAGCAACAAAUUUAUCAUUUUGGACAAACUCCGACUCAAUUAUUAACUGAACCCCAUCCGAAGCGCCUUCCCAGCAGGGAUUUUUUGAAAAAAGAUCUUCUAAACUCGGAUUAUAAUCAUCAACGGUUUGUCGUUGAAUUGAAAUGUGGUCGACUAUAUUUAGUAGAUUUGCCGAAUCCAGAUAAUGAAUUGUAUUCUAUUAAUGAUUCACAACAAGUUAUAACAAUUGAUGAAAAUGGUAUAAUCGGUUGCCAUCGAGUUUUAAGGAAGUCGACUGCACCAGAAAUACCUUUCACAAUGGAAGUCGAUCCAGGUUUACAAUAUAAGAGUAAAUUGAGUAGUCCAUACUGUUUUGACGCGGUGAUCUCACCAAGAUGCUUUGCGUGCAGCAAGGAUGGAAAAGUUAUUAUUAGCGCUGGUCACUGGGAUAACACAAUAAAAGUGUCAUUAACUGAGACAGGACGAACCAUCGAUAUGAUAAGUGAAAAUGGAAGAACUAUCGUUACAGGAACUAGAAGUUCAAGUUUGUUAUCAUGGAAGGUCAAUUUGACACAUGAUAAUGAAUUUUUGAAUAUUGAGCAUACACCGAUACAUGCAUUCUACGGUCACGAUGACGAGAUUACGUGCGUCGUCGUUAAUGCAGAACAUGAUAUUUUAAUAAGUGGAUCCAAGGAUGGAACAUGUAUAGUGCACUCGCUGCAAAAUGCUCAUUAUAUCCGAACCUUGAGACCCAUGAAUGAUCCCGAUGCUACAGUAGAAUUUGUUUGUAUAUCCAGAGAUGCAAAUAUUGUAGUUUACACAGAAGUAAACGAUGAAUAUUAUCUUCAUACUUAUAGUGUAAAUGGAAAGUUACUUAAUUCUAUUGAGAUAACCCAUCAAUUAAAUCAUAUGAUUUCUGCAUCGGAUAAAAACAUUAUACUUACGGCUAAUGAAGAAGGACAAAUCUGUGUAUAUUUUGCUCUUAGUUUGGAAUUAAGUCAUGAAUUUAAUGUACCGUUGGUUGGUAGAUGUAUUAGGUUAGGUGCACAAUUUGAUUUUGAAGAGAAUUCAAAUGCUUCUGAACCGGAACUACUACACGAUAUUUUAUUUCGUGUGGGAGUCACUCAAAGGGGUGUUGAAACUUAUACACCACGAUUAUUGUUAUAUGAUUUAAAAGGUGGGUUUGGAUCCCUAAAGAAAAUGAAUCGGCUUUAUGAAGAGUCAUCUGGGAAUCAAGAAUCAGAAUUACAUAUUUCUUCUUGGGGCUUGCGGUCCGAAAUACAUGCUCAAAUGCCUUAUCCAAAGAACGAAUAUUUACAGGGUUUAGAAAAAGAAGAAGAGGAGCUGAUUUAUUCAGAAGAAACAAACAGCAGGAUAGAAGUAGAAACCGAAGUCAAAGAUUUCAAAUUAGACGACGCAGUUCAAUAUUGGUCUGAUUUUAAUAGUGUAUAUUAUCACCCCAAAAGUAUUAAUGCUAUAACUCAAUACCAAUUUGAGGAUGAAUUUAUGCCUUUUGAUACUUUCUCAUAUGGAAAAGGCGCAUUUAUUGAGCAUCAAAAGGAUUUAGAUUCCUUCGAAGAAAACUUUAGGUUUUUCGCUGAAGAAUGCGAUGCAAUUCAGGGAUUUCAAGUAUUCACUGGUAUAAUUGACGGAUAUGGAGGAUUUGCAUGUAGCUUUCUUGAACGAUUACGUGAGGAAUAUCCAAAGACUGCUAUCGAAAGUUUUGGAAUUACCGAAAAUCGAAGCUGGGAACCAAAAGGACAUAAAUCAUAUUACAAACAAAUAUUAAAUGUUUCGUUUAGUACAACACAAUUGAUAGAAUUGUCUUCUUUAUUUAAUAUUAUAAAUACUCCUAGCACAAGAUCCCAAUUUUUCCGUCCAAAUAUAAAUUUACCAUAUCACACGAGUAGUGUUGUUUCCGCGGCUAUCGAAACUUCAACUUUACCUUUCAGAACGCGUCAUAAUUUUAUAUCUAUGUUUGACUUGAUAAAUCGGCUUAAUUGGCGAGGAAAUACAAAAUUAGGAUCGCUUGGUUUGGCAUUUCCUUUACCAAUCAGUAAUUUUGGUGAAGUGGAUGCUGAUAGGCUUUUGCCUACAUCAAAUAAUAAUGUUAUACAAGAUUUAUCAAUGGCUUCGAAUGGACAACAAGCAAUAACAACGUUAGGGCAAUCCGUUGUAAUAAGGGGACUACCCAAUAAGUUUGAACUUUUGCCAGCGAAAGGUCAAAAAAGUGCAUCUCAAAUUACUGCAGAAAUAUUCCAGCGGUUUGAGACUUUAAAUAGCGGAAGCUCGUCCUUUUUUUCAACUGGCGUUACUUAUCCUAUUACAAAGUCGUUUCCAAAAUUGUUUACACACUUGAACCCUGAUGGAUAUAUUGAUAUGUCGAUUCCGAGUGAUCAAAUACCAUCAGUUCAUACGGUUCCUGCGCUCUCGCAUCUUACCAUUUCCACUAAAUCUCACAACUUGCUACAACAACUUGCAAACACGCUUCAGAAUUUGGAUUUUAAUCUUUUUCCUGAAUAUGAGGGAGGAGAUAAAGGAUUAAUGCGUGAAGAGUUUUUGGAAACAAGAGAAGCAUUAUGGAGCCUUUGCGAGGCCUUUAAGGAAUAG